AUGAGAUUCUUGACUUUGUUUUCGAUCUUUUUAAUUGCUAGUGCGAAUAUAUUUGAUGUACAGGCCGACGAUGGCAAAAACCUACCGAUCUUAUCAUUUAAAAGAAUACGAAUCAAGUCUAAUGCCAAUAGUCGAAGGCUCAAGCGAAGGAAUGCAUCAGGCUUAAUAGAUGUGAAGGACUUUAUUUAUAUAGCAAUUGUUACAAUAGGAACACCACCCACAGUAUUUAGCUGUCAAAUAGAUACUGGCUCAUCCGAUUUAUGGAUACCCGACGCCUCGUGUGUUGGAGCAGGAUGCUCUAACAAGAACACAUUUUCUUCCAAAUUCUCCAUUUCGUAUGGGGGUGACGGUGUUCCUUGGAAUAUUUCUUAUGUCGAUCAGUCGUCUGCAUCAGGAGUAACAGCAACUGAUACAGUAAUAGUUGGCGGCUUCGUAUUAAAAGGUCAACAAUUUGCGAGGGCAACGAGCAUGAAUUCUGGCUUCACAGGCCAGCCGUCGGAUGGAAUUAUAGGAUUGGCCGGACCUCAGUCUGCUGUUGUUCCAGGAACAGUAACACCAAUUCAAAACAUGAAAAAUCAAGGUUUUAUAAAUACGCGCUCAUUCGGUGUAUGGUUAGGCAAAGCAACCGAGGGCGGUUCAGGAGAAAUUAGUUUCGGCGGGGCCGAUCCUUCUCACAUAGUUGGCAAUCUAACUACGAUUCCUCUCGUCCGAAGCUUCGACAGUAUUGGGAUAUGGGUAGUCCAAUUAAGCAAAAUAGCUAUUAGCGGCCGGGAAAUUACACUUACAUCAGCGAACGGCCUUGCUAUUGUAGAUACCGGAACAUCAGUUAUUCUUGCUCCGAGCGCUAUAGCGGAUCAGAUUAACACAUCAUUCGGUGGUGUUUUCUCGUCCCAAGCACAGGCGUAUAUUUUACCAUGCAACGCGGCACCGCCGGAUUUGACGUUUACUUUCGGAACUGCAACUUUUACCGUCCCAGGUGCCGAUUUGGUUAUUCAACAACAAGGACAAUGUGAGAGCGCUAUUAUUCCAGGCGACCUUGGCGGCGGUUUGUCAUUUCUUCUGGGCGAUACUUUCUUAAAGAACAAUUAUGCCUACUUCGACAUGGAUGGGUCAGCUAUCGGACUUGCCCAGGCUAAACGAUAG